UCUGCGCACCGCUUUUACGCAUCCGUACUUUGCGCUCCGCGGAGAUGCUUUGCGCACUUUCCAGACUGCGCGUACUGCGCUCCUCCGUCCUCACGCUGUGGAUCGCGGCUCUCCAGGGCUUCAGAUCCGCGGAUGCUGCCCCUAACCCCUCUCCCCUGCUGGGCUCGAGCUGGGGCAACCCGCGGAGGUACAUCCACCUGCAGACCACCUCGGACUUAAACAACUUCUACUUGGAGAUCAGCCAGACUGGACAUGUGCGCAAAACUACAAACAGGGGGUCCUUCAGUGUAAUUUUAUUGAAAGCGGAAAGCAGAGACCGUCUGGCGAUAUUUGGAGUAAAAAGCAAUCGAUUUGUGUGUAUGGACGCAGGAGGAGCUCUUUUCACAUCGACGGUUUGCAAUAAGGAAGACUGUCUUUUUCACCACAAACUUUUGGAAAACCAUCGCGACGUGUAUUACUCCACCAAGCAUGGUAUACUGCUUAACUUGGACGGGGCGAAACAAGUGUUCACAGCGGGACAAAACCUCCCUCAGUCCUCUCUCUUCUUGUCAGAGAAGAACACGGUUCCGCUGGAACGCCUGCAGCACCGGGAGAGGAGAAACCGGCAGGUGAACCCAUCAGACCCGCUGAACGCGCUCCGGAACGGAGAGGCGUCGGACUCCAGAGCUGCUCAAGAGGACGACGGGGACUUGGACUUUGAGCCGUCAGAGGGACGAAACAUCUCCAGGGAAACCCUGCUCUCUCCUUCCGAUGAUGACCCGUGGGAUCUUCUUCACGACACGAGCCCCGGUAGUCCCCGGAUUUCAGCAAUUGUCGGAUGAAGUUCCGGAUCCUCCGUGACGGGACCGAUGAAACGCGAUGCGCUAUAACGUGGGUGGCACUAUAAUAUUUUCACCAUACAUAAGUGUUUUUAAGGACAUAUAUUUCAAAUCAAUUUGCACGUAUACGCUUUUAAAAAUAAAGGUUCCAAAAUAAAGGUUUCUUGCAGUGACGCCAAGGACUUUUUUACUUAGUGCGAAGAAACAAUUUUUCGCUAUAAAGAACAUUUGUGCGAUAUGAAGGUUAAAACAGAACCUUUAUUUUUAAAAAUUGAAAGAACCAGAACCACCUGAGUUUUUUCACCUGCCACCAUGAAUUCGUCUUUGGUGCUGGACACCACCUGUGGACAACAAUGGUCAAACAAAGAAAGUAUUUAUUUAUUUAAUGAAUUGCAUAUGUUUUAUUUAUGGUAUUUAUAUGUUUGCUUUAAGUGUUAGAUGCAGUGAAAUGUUAUACUCAUUUAAAUCCAAUUUUGUUUCUCGAUUAAAGAAAAUUAUGUUAUUUUAUUUACUUGUCUCUUUUCUGUAAACCUAAA